AUGUCAGAGCUUCCAAAAGUUGAAACUAUUGCCCAAUAUAUUGCUGAUGUGUGUGGGACAAGAAUAGAAGAUAAUCUGGUAAUUAAUUACAUAGCAAAUAUAGUGUACUCUGAAAUUCAAUCUACUAAAGGUAAAUUAUCAUGGCAAAAUUUGGAGGAUAUGAUAUCAUUGUAUCUAAUUAAUUAUGGUGAUAUUGAGAAUACUAAAGAAAUUAUUGACAAACUCUUCGAAAUGUUAGAUUUGAACCAAGACGAUUUAGAUAAUAAAGAUGAUGAUAUAUUUAGACUUGUAGAACCAAUUAAGAUUGAUAGUGCUCAUUGUAAUAAUGAUCAACAUUUAUUAUAUGAUCCCUUACUUGGUGUAGAGAAAAUCAGAAGUGGAAAUUUCAAUACGAAUACUCCAAUAGCUGAAAGUAUAAAACUACAAAAAGCAGCUGCGAAGCAAAAAGAGAAACAAUUAAGGUUAUUGAGACAAUGGGAGAAACAAAAGUUAGAAAUCCCAGUACCAGUAUGCCAUCAUCCUAUUAAUAGAGAUCGCCAAAAAGUGACAGAUAUAAAUAUUCCAAACAUUACAAUAUUUAUAGCAGGUAGAUCAUUAUUAAAUGAUGCAUCCUUAAAACUUAGUCUAAAACAUAAAUAUGGAUUAAUUGGACGUAAUGGUAUUGGAAAAUCUACAUUAUUAACUUAUAUAGUUCGAAGGGAAAUACCAAAUAUCCCAAUAGAUGUAUCAAUAACAUGUGUUGAACAAGAGUUACACUUUAAAGAAAAUGAGAAUGUAAUAGAAUGUGUCCUAAGCAUUGAUGUAGAAAGAUCUUCUUUAUUAAAAGAAGAAAAAGAACUAUUAACAUUAUUAAACCAAAAUAACUUAAAAGAUAGUCAAGAUAAUAAUCCGGAAAAUGAUAGAUUAACUUGGAUAUAUAAUAGAUUAACAGAAAUUGAUGCCUACAGAGCAGAAAAUAAGGCUUCUGUAAUUUUAGUUGGAUUAGGUUUUACACAGGAGAUGCAAAAACAGCCAAUUUCAAAAUUAUCUGGAGGUUGGAGGAUGAGAGUUGCUUUAGCAAGAGCUAUAUAUGCCAAUCCAGAUAUUCUAUUAUUAGAUGAACCUACAAAUCAUUUGGAUAUAUUAGCAGUAACAUGGUUGGAAAAAUUUCUUAAAGAUUGGGAUAAAACUUGUAUAAUUGUAAGCCACUCUAGAGACUUUUUAAAUCAAGUAUGUACAGAUAUUAUUCACUUUUUAGAUAAUAAUUUAAAAUAUUAUAAGGGUAAUUAUGAUACAUUUGAAAAAACCCGUAGUAAUGAAUUAAAAUUAAGGAUGAAACAAAUAGAGCAACAAGUAACAGAAAAGGAACGUAUACAACGCUUUAUAGACAGAUUUAGAUGUAAUGCUAGUAGAGCUAGCCAAGUUCAAAGCCGUAUAAAAUUACUUGAAAAGUUACCAAUGUUAGAUGAAAUACAAAAUGAUCCAAAUGUUGUCUUCAAUUUUAAUUCAAUGGAUUCAUCAUAUGAUAAUAAUAUUGCCUCAAAAAGUGAUAAUAAAUAUGAUAUUAUUUCAUUAAUAGAAUGUAUAGAUGUAGGAUUUGUAUACAAAAAUAAGAAAGAUGAAAUCUCAAAUUUUGCAAAUAAACAUAUUGUUGAAAAUUUCAAUAUGAGUAUACAUAAUAACUCUAGAAUAGCAAUAUGUGGUGCCAAUGGUAGUGGUAAAACUACUAUUCUACGUUUAAUUAUGGGAUUACUAACUCCAACUACUGGAAUAAUAAAACGUGAUCCAAAAGUUAGGAUUGGUUAUUUUACUCAACAUCAUAUUGAAUCUUUGGAUUUAACAUUAAAUUCGGUUCAACAAUUACAAACAAAAUAUCCUCAUUCUAACAUUAAUGAUGAAGACGCAAGAAAUUUCCUUGCACAAUUUGGUAUUAAUGGUAUGUUAGCUUUAGAACCUUUAUAUAUUUUAUCUGGUGGUCAAAAAAGUCGUGUUGCAAUUGCUAUAAUGGCUUAUCUUAAUCCUCAUAUACUUAUUCUUGAUGAACCAACUAAUCACCUAGAUUUGGAUGCUAUUCAAGCUCUUAUUUUGGCAUUAAAUUCUUUUAAUGGUGGUGUUAUUAUAGUUAGUCAUGAUUCUCACUUAAUAUCCUGUGUUGCUGAUUCAAUAUGGCAUAUUGAUCAUUAUAAGAAAACAUUAACGGAAUUUAAAGGUGGUGACUUUAAUUUGUAUAAAAAAAAAAUAAUUAAAUCAAAUGUAUAA